GGUUUGUGAUUUCUGUUUCCGGCUCGACGGGAAUUUUAAAAGCUCGCCUACUGCUCGUGUACUCAGUGUGAACACCGGGUUAUCUCAAAGUCAUUCAUACUUUAAAUGCGACUUUAUUCGGCAAAAAUUAAAUAGCCUAAAUAUAGACUAAACAUGGCCUCGGAUUGUCACUUCAACUCCAUAUCCAAGGAGGAAGAGGAGGGAGAGGAAUUUGAUCGGAUGCUGGAGCGGAUCGGUGGAAAGGGGAAUAUUUAUUUGGUAGGAGACACGGAUGGAGAAAACAACUGCAGCCUUUUCCAGGAGUUUAUCAUGGACAUGUUUCACACCGAGGUGCACAUCAAGAGGGACAAAAACGCAAAUCUCGGCAACGGGAACAUCAAAUCUGCCGCUGCGAGAAACUGUCCUGUUUCUGAUGUGGCUCAAGGAAAAGGCGAGAAUAACGCCGACGUGGACGAGAAAUGUGUCCGACACAUGCGCAAAAUCUCCGGUCACAGCGGACGAGCGAUUCAUUGCGCCGCCAUCAUCUUCAUUUUCAGACACGGAUACAUUCAGAACAAGGCGAACCAUGUGUGUAUGGAGGAGAUCCUGAAGGACAUAAAGGUUCGAGUGAAGAAAAAUCAUGGAGUUCAUCAGGCGGUACUGGGCCUCGUUCGUGCUGACGCUGAAAGCUCGGAGACUCGCGAGUCUGUGUCGCUCUUGGAGGGGACAGUGAGAUCUGUGUUCAUAAAACAUCCACACAACUCCAUAUGGAUUGGCCAUUUUAUUCCUAACGCAGCAGAUUGCAUAGAGAACAUCAAAAGGAACAUCUGCAAAGCUGUGAAUGAGUCUCAGAGCCCAGAUAACAUCUUGAGCCGUAAGCGAAAUAUUUUCUGGCCGUUGUUACAGUGCUGGAUCAGGAGAGGACGUAGAGAACGAGCCGAAGCGACAACAUAUGCUCAGGCACAGAAAGGUGAUCCUGAAAGCACAGAGGAAGGAAUUCCAUUACAGAUGAAAUCUGGCUUACAGUCCUGACAUCAGGUUUAUUAACAGACUGAUAAUGACCACAUGACCUGUGAAAUGCCCAGAAAGCUGAAAUACCUGCUGUGUUUGAUUUAUUAACUGACAGGAAUGUUGAAGGAGCAUCGGGAUAUGAAGAUUACUGAUGAAGCUGCUGCUCCUCGGUACUCCUUCAAAAUAAAAUUUCAAAGACAUUGCAAACAUUUUUUUUUGUCUUUGACAACCACGAAAAGGAUGUCAGUCACCAAACAGUGCCUCUGUUAAAGUUUUAAAGGGAGUUAAUUAGAGUAACUUACAUUUUUACAUUUGGAUUGAUCUGAAUUGUGUACUAAUUUUGUCAGGCAAUAUAUACUAGAACAGUCUAGGAUUUCAAUUAAUAGGUUAAUACAUGUAGAGCUUAAUUGUUUGCUAACAUAUUAGACAUUAAAUGUCUUAUUUUAAUUGUAUAAUUAUAUGUAGCAUCUUUAACAGUAGUCAUUGCAGUGAGUUUUCAGUCUUUGCUUUAAGUUUAAGUUCAAUUUCAAUUGCUUUUUUAUAUUUUAGUUUAAGUUUUAGUUUCCACAGUUUUAGUUGUGAACACAGAAGUGGUUUGCCAUCAUUGGAACUUUUGGGGAAAAAAAAAAAAAUUUGUUUUCCACUUUAAACUAGAAUUCGCAUUGCAAAUACAUGGUUAAAAAUAAAUAAAUAAAUAAUCAAAUUCUUACUGCA